ACGGCGGGGACUGAGGUCCCUCGCAGCCCAGAGCCGGAGCCCGGGGUCGGCCGAGCCCGCAGGACCGGCUUCCUCGCCGACUCUCACGGCCUCACCCAGCCCCCUGGGCCCAUGGCGGCGCCGGCGUUGUGCUCGGAGAGCAUCACUCUAGGUGCCGUCUUUGAAGAAGGACUCUCUAGGUCCUGCUGUCGUUUUAGGGGAUCAUUCCAGCGGAAGUCUGGCCCUACCAAAAGCUGGGAGAGGGAAUGAGAGCCUCGAGGGCAAGAGGCAUUAGUAUCAUUUGAAGACGUGGUUGUGACCUUCACUGGAGAGGAAUGGGGGCACCUGGACCUGGCCCAGAGGACCCUGUACCAGGAGGUGAUGCUGGAGACCUGCAGGCUCCUGGUCUCACUGGGGCAUCCUGUUCCCAAACCAGAGCUGAUCUAUCUACUGGAACAUGGACAGGAACUGUGGACAGUGAAGAGAGGCCUCUCCCAAAGCACCUGCACAGGUGAAAAAGCAAAACCCAAGAUUACAGAGCCUACUGCUUCUCAGCUGGCCUUCUCUGAGGAAUCCUCUUUCCAGGAACUUCUGGCACAGAGAUCCUCAAGAGAUUCCAGGUUGGGGCAAGCUAGAGAUGAGGAAAAGCUAAUAAAAAUUCAGGAAGGGAACUUGAGGCCAGGAACAAACCCCCACAAAGAGAUAUGCCCUGAGAAGUUGAGUUAUAAACAUGAUGAUUUGGAGCCAGAUGAUAGUCUGGGCUUAAGGGUUUUACAGGAACGAGUCACUCCACAAGAUGCUCUCCAUGAGUGUGACUCUCAAGGACCAGGAAAAGACCCCAUGACUGAUGCAAGGAAUAACCCUUACACAUGCACGGAAUGUGGGAAAGGGUUUAGCAAGAAGUGGGCCCUUGUUCGGCAUCAACAGAUUCAUGCUGGAGUGAAGCCCUAUGAGUGCAAUGAGUGUGGGAAAGCCUGUCGUUAUAUGGCCGAUGUCAUUCGACAUAUGAGGCUUCAUACUGGGGAAAAACCAUACAAAUGUAUUGAGUGUGGGAAAGCCUUCAAACGCAGGUUUCACCUCACGGAGCACCAGCGUAUUCACACCGGAGAUAAGCCCUAUGAGUGCAAAGAAUGUGGCAAAGCAUUCACCCACCGCUCUUCUUUUAUCCAGCAUAAUAUGACUCACACUCGAGAAAAACCCUUUUUAUGCAAAGAAUGUGGGAAAGCUUUUUACUACAGCUCCUCAUUUGCUCAACAUAUGAGGAUUCAUACUGGAAAGAAACUCUAUGAGUGCAGUGAAUGUGGAAAGGCCUUCACGCACCGCUCCACAUUUAUCCAGCACAAUGUGACCCACACAGGAGAAAAACCAUUUUUAUGUAAAGAAUGUGGAAAAACCUUUUGCCUCAACUCAUCCUUCACUCAGCACAUGAGGAUUCACACUGGAGAGAAACCCUAUGAGUGCGGUGAAUGUGGAAAGGCCUUUACUCAUCGCUCCACUUUCAUCCGACAUAAGAGGACCCAUACCGGAGAGAAGCCCUUUGAGUGCAAAGAAUGUGGGAAGGCCUUUUGUGACAGCUCUUCCUUAAUUCAACACAUGAGGAUUCACACUGGUGAGAAGCCUUAUGAGUGCAGUGAAUGUGGAAAGGCUUUUACACACCACUCUGUUUUUAUUCGACAUAAUAGGACCCACAGUGGACAAAAACCCUUGGAGUGCAAAGAAUGUGCAAAAGCCUUUUACUAUAGCUCUUCCUUCACUCGACACAUGAGGAUUCACACUGGAGAGAAGCCCUAUGUUUGUAGAGAAUGUGGAAAGGCUUUUACCCAACCUGCAAAUUUUGUUCGGCAUAAUAGGAUCCACACUGGAGAAAAACCUUUUGAAUGCAAAGAAUGUGAGAAAGCCUUCUGUGACAACUUUGCUUUAACUCAGCACAUGAGAACUCACACUGGAGAGAAACCCUUUGAAUGCAAUGAAUGUGGAAAGACCUUCAGCCACAGUUCAUCGUUCACUCACCAUCGAAAGAUUCAUACCAGAGUUUAAAAGAUACAGGAAGGCCUUUUACAAGUGUGUUUGUCUUUAGUGAACUCAUAGUGGUGACAUACCUUUCCUUUUGAGUAUAACUAUUGAGGGAAAUAUUUUGGCCAGAGAGAUGUCUUAGUAUCUGAUAAUUUAUACUAACUAGAAACAGAAUUGUCCCUGUGAAAUCUUUUUAUGGCAGGUAAUCACUUGUCAUCCAAAGAAUUAUAUUAAAGAUUCACCCAGUUUAGAGCCUUACACUGUACCUGAGAAUAAUCGAGGGGAGAGACCUGGUGGGUAACAUGCAUUUAGGUAAAAUGUCAGGAACAACUUUCCUCUUAUUAAUACUAUAAAUCCAUCUCAAGCAUAUUUUAAAAUAAUGAGAGAUGGAGGAAACAAUCUAGAAGAUAAAAGAAAAAGAUGUGCAUAACUUGUUUUCAGUUUCCCUGUUUAUGACAGUUUGUCAUUUGGCGGGUUGGGGGAUGGAGCAGGGAAUAAGACAUUGAAAAAGUCUCAUCCCCUUUGUGUGUUUUACAUAUAUAUAUCUCUAAGUCCAGAGCCAGGAGAGUUGGACCAUUGAGGGCAGCUCUGCCAACAUUUAGUAGAAGUAUUCAUUGUUCCAAAACUGUCAUCUCUACCCUUGAGGGAGUGUGUCUUUGUGAGAAAUAUAAAGGCUUGAGUCAUGAAAUACUUAACACAUGUGCACAUGUACACAUGUACAUUUAUAUGCAGUGAAUUGUUACUCGUGGUAGUUAGGUUCUGUGAAUUUUCUGUGCACACUGAAUUAGUGAAUGCUGAAUGAUUGUUGCUGGGGGAAAUACAGGGUUAGCUUCUGUGAGCCUCUGAUCCAAACAUUUUUAUCAACCAGUCAACACAUAACCUUCUUCUAUGGGUAUUUGUUUGUUUGUUUGUUUAAAGACACCUUAUCAGUGUUUCUUGAAUAAUUAUAAUUAUU